AUGGAUCUCGUCUCGACGGUGCGCAAACAGGGAUCGCGCGGCGGCGUCAACUUCAGCUGGGACGACGUGGCCACGUCGGCGCAUCGCGAAAACUAUCUGGGCCACAGCCUACGGGCGCCGGUUGGCCGGUGGCAGCAGGGCCGCGACCUGACGUGGUAUGCCAAGGAGGGCGAGGACGGGGGGGCGGCUGGCGACGCCGAGGCCGCCGAGGCAGCAGCGCGCCGGGACGAGCUGCGACGAGUGAAGGAAGCCGAGGAGGAGGCCAUGGCUCAAGCCCUAGGGCUGCCGGCAGGCAUGCGGCUCGGAGGCACGGCCGGCUCGACCGACGGGGCCACGGGGGCGAAUGCGAUGGCCGUGUCGGGGCCACUGCGGGCGACGACGACAGAGAGGCCACGGACUGGAGAGCGAGGAGAUCGACGAGGAGAACGAGGAGAACGAGGAGGCAGAGAGAGAGGAGGUCGAGGCGAACGAGAACGAGAACGGGAGCGAGAACGAGAACGUGGUCGGGCCCGGGAGAGAGACCAUCGACGGAAGCGACGAGACCACGACGACGACAAGAUCGACACAGACCGACACAACAAGGUCGACGAGAAGAACGCUGUCGAUGAUGACCGCACCGACGGUCGCCGAGAACGUCCCCGUCACCGUCGCCACCAUCACCAAGAGAGCGAGGAGCACAACGACGACCGCGAGGACGACGAGAAGAACGAGGACGAGUCUGGUCGCCAUCACGGCUAUCGUGGCCGACACGACGACCGCGACCGCGACCGACGAGACGAUCGCGACCGCAGCCGGACGCGGCGACGACGACGUGCCGAAGAGGACGAGGCUCGGCGCCAGAGACGGCCAGCCACGGCCGGCGACCACAGCCAUCACGGACGCAGUCGCAGCCGCAGUCCCGGCCACCAGCGCCGGCGACACCGCAGUCGCAGCCGCACUCGAUGA